AUGGCGACCCAGCAUCGGACACAGCCGCGGAAACCGCUCGGCCAGCCAGCGCCUCAGGUCCAGCCGUGUCGAUACAAGGUCGGCAAGACGCUCGGCGCGGGGAGCUACUCAGUCGUCAAGGAAUGCGUCCACAUCGAUACGGGGCGGUACUAUGCCGCCAAGGUGAUCAACAAGCGCCUCAUGGCCGGACGAGAGCACAUGGUCCGCAAUGAGAUUGCCGUGCUCAAAAAGGUGUCCAUGGGCCACCAGAACAUCCUCACCCUCGUCGACUACUUUGAGACCAUGAACAACCUCUACCUGGUCACCGACCUGGCCCUCGGCGGCGAGCUCUUUGACCGCAUCUGCCGCAAGGGGUCGUACUACGAGUCGGACGCGGCCGACCUCAUCCGCGCCACCCUCUCGGCCGUCGCCUACCUGCACGACCACGGCAUCGUCCACCGCGACCUCAAGCCCGAGAACCUCCUGUUCCGCACGCCCGAGGACAAUGCGGAGCUCCUCAUCGCCGACUUUGGCCUCUCGCGCAUCAUGGACGAGGAGCAGUUCCACGUGCUGACCACCACCUGCGGCACCCCGGGCUACAUGGCCCCCGAGAUCUUCAAGAAGACGGGCCACGGCAAGCCCGUCGACCUCUGGGCCCUCGGCGUCAUCACCUACUUCCUCAUCUGCGGUUACACCCCCUUUGACCGCGAUUCGGACUUUGAGGAAAUGCAGGCCAUCCUCAACGCCGACUACUCCUUCACCCCCGUCGAGUACUGGCGCGGCGUCUCCAGCCAUGCCAAGGACUUUAUCACCCGCUGCCUCACCGUCGACCCGUCCGGCCGCAUCACCGCCCACGAGGCCCUCCAGCAUCCCUUUGUCGCCGCCCGCCUGCCCUCCGACGGCGCCGGCGAGAAUCUGCUGCCCGCCAUCAAGAAGAACUUCAACGCCCGCAGGACCCUCCACACCGCCAUCGACACCGUUCGCGCCAUCAACAAGCUUCGCGAGGCGCAGAACGUGCUCAUGGACGGCGCCAAAUCCCACGAGCCGCAGCGCGGCAAGGCCACGCCCCCCGUGGCUGGGGCCGCGACGACGGCAGCGGCACCAAGGAAGGACGACAGCGCCAUCUCCAUGGGAAUGGAUAGUGGCUACGGCACGGGGAGCGCUGGCGACGGCGAUGUUACCAUGGGAGGCACAACGGUGCCAGCUGUGCUGCAUCCCGGUAACGCGGCCAACAAGGCUGUCGAGGCGGGCAAGGGCCUGUGGAGCGCCGCGACGCGGAGGUGA